UUGGUUGCCUAUCUCAAAUGGCGGUCUAGUAGGUACCACGUGCCGCUUUUAUUUCCACAUUCUGUAGUCGUGCGGUAACCUACAAGAGCGGUUGUUUAAUUUCAUCUGUAGCAAUCUCGUCAGAUUAUUACAAUAUGGGAGAUCAACUCCAACAAUACUCAAUUCAGGCGGAUAAUGACGCUCAUGAAGUUGGUAAACUUAUGGCACAAAUAAAUGAAUUGCAGGCAGCAAUUGCCAGUAAUUCUGCAGGUCCUCUAGAAAAUGAAGAUGUACAAAAGCUUGCGGUUGAAAAUAUCAAACUUAAACAUAGACUUUCUAUUCUAGACAAUGCAUAUGCGUCACAAUGUAAGCAUAUGAAACAAUCAUCUGGCAUUGAAUCAAUCCAAGAAGUCCUCCAAGGAAUCUUUUCCACAGCCAUCAAAGCUGCCAUUACUGACAUCAAAGAUGCACCUGUUGUGAUUGCACUCUCUGGCAAAGAUCCCAAGUUUGGUGACUACCAAUGUAAUUCAGCUCUUCCCAUUGCCAACAUUUAUAAACAACUAGGCAAAAAGGUUUCUCCACAGCAGAUUGGGAAGAAUAUUGUUGAACAUGUUCCUCCUCACAAUCUAAUUGCUAAGUUAGAAGUAGCAGGUCCGGGUUUCAUUAACAUUCAUCUCAGUAAAUCCUAUGGAGUGCAUGCUCUUUCUAAUAUCCUUGAAAAUGGCGUCCUCCCUCCACCAUUAGAGAAACCUCUGAGGGUAGUGGUCGAUUUUUCAAGUCCUAACAUUGCCAAGGAGAUGCAUGUCGGUCAUUUGCGUUCAACUAUCAUCGGCGAGAGCGUCAGUAGGAUGCUAGAGUUUUUGGGUCAUGAUGUCGUCCGAACAAAUCACAUUGGUGAUUGGGGUACACAAUUUGGCAUGUUGAUUGAGCAUUUGAAAGAGAAAUUCCCCGAUUAUGCAACUGUUUCACCACCAAUUAGUGACCUGCAAGCAUUCUACAAGGAAUCCAAGGCUAGGUUUGAUGAUGAUCCUGAGUUUAAGAAAAAAGCGUACGCUGCUGUUGUAAAAUUACAAGCACACGAACCUGAACAUUACAAAGCAUGGCAGUUGAUUUGUGAUGUUUCAAGGAAAGAGUUCCAAAAAGUGUACGAUCGUUUGGACAUUACCAUCAUCGAACGUGGAGAAUCAUUCUACCAGUCUCGAAUGAACGACGUCGUGAAAUUCCUCGAUGAGCGCAACUUUUUGGAAGAAGACGAAGGCCGUAAGAUCAUGUGGGGUGAUAAGAAGGCUGUUCCUCUUACCAUCGUCAAAUCUGACGGUGGAUACACCUACGACACUUCCGAUAUGGCUGCUAUAAAGUAUCGCAUCCAGGAGGUGAAUGCUGAUUGGAUUGUCUACAUUACAGAUGCUGGACAACUCAGUCACUUCGAAAUUUUAUGGAACUGCGCUCGGAAAGCCGGCAUUCUCACCGAUAAAGUCCGCGUGGAUCAUUGUAACUUUGGCGUGGUGCUUGGCGAAGACAAAAAGAAGUUCAAGACGCGUUCGGGCGAUACCGUUCGCCUGGUUGAUUUGUUAGAUGAAGGUUUAAAACGUGCGCUUGAUAAACUCAAAGAGAAGGAGCGUGAUAAGGUACUUACACCAGAGGAACUCAAAAAAGCGCAAGAGUCGAUUGCGUACGGCUGUAUUCGUUAUGCGGAUUUGUGUAACAAUCGUAAUCAUGAGUAUGUUUUCUCGUUUGACAAAAUGUUACAAGAUAAGGGUAACACUGCUGUGUAUUUGAUCUAUGCUUACACGCGAAUUUGUUCGAUUGCACGAAAUGCUGGACUCAGUCCGGAUGAUAUUAAGAACUUGGCGAAGAAAACGCAAGUAUCUUUAGAUCAUGACAAAGAAUGGAAAUUGGCUAAGGUAUUAUUGCGUUAUCCAGAUGUCUUGCUCAAAAUUACACAGGAUUUGUGUCUGCACCACUUGUGUGAAUAUGUUUAUGAAAUCUGCACCACGUUCACCGAGUUCUAUGACAGUUGUUACUGCAUUGAGAAGGAUAAUGCAGGGAAUAUUGUUAAAGUUAAUGAAGGAAGAAUAUUGCUUGUUGAAGUCGCUGCUCUUGUUAUGGCGAAAUGUUUUCAUAUUUUGGGUUUAAAUCCGGUAUCUAAAAUGUAAUAAUUUAAAAACAGGGCAUAUAAAUGUUUCUGUUUUUAAUAAAUUAAUACUAAAUUUA